UACUAGACAGUUGACGUUGACACUGUUGACAGUGACAGUUGAAAUUGAAAACCGGAUUAGAGAAGUUUUCUUGGAAAGUUGUUUUUUUAAAUAACUAACAUUAAAUAGAAGUUAUUUGUUUAAGGGUUUAAUAUGCCAUAUGCAAAUCAGCCAUCAGUUCAUAUAACAGAUUUAACAGAUGAUAAUUGCAAAUUUUAUAUAGAAGACACUGAUUUAAGUGUUGCGAAUAGCAUUCGCCGCGUCCUUAUUGCAGAAACUCCUACUCUAGCUAUAGACUGGGUAAAAUUAGAAGCUAACUCAACUGUUCUCAGUGAUGAAUUUUUAGCACACCGAAUUGGAUUGAUACCAUUAGUUUCCGAUGAAGUUGUACAAAGAUUACAAUAUCCUAGGGACUGCGUAUGUCUCGAUUUUUGUCAAGAAUGCAGUGUUGAAUUUACUUUAGAUGUAAAAUGUACAGAUGAUCAAACUCGACAUGUAACAACUGCCGAUUUUAAAUCUAGUGAUCCACGAGUCAUACCAGCUACUUCCAAACAUCGUGAUGAUGAAUCCUCAGAGUAUGGUGAAACAGAUGAAAUUCUUAUUAUUAAACUGCGAAAGGGUCAAGAGCUUAAAGUUAAAGCGUAUGCCAAAAAAGGCUUUGGAAAAGAGCAUGCCAAAUGGAAUCCUACAUGUGGUGUUGCCUUUGAAUAUGAUCCUGAUAACGCUAUGAGACAUACAUUAUUUCCUAAACCAGACGAAUGGCCUAAAAGUGAAUACAGCGAAUUAGAAGAUGAUCAGUAUGAAGCUCCAUAUAACUGGGAAUUAAAACCUAAUAAAUUCUUCUACAAUGUGGAGGCUGCUGGAUUGUUGAAACCAGAAAAUAUUGUCAUCAUGGGUGUAGCUAUGUUAAAAGAAAAACUGUCAAAUUUGCAAACACAACUCAGCCACGAACUAACACCUGAUGUUUUGGCCAUUCCAAUUUAAGAAGUUAAUUACAAUCAUAGGUAGAGUUCAUUCAACCACAGUUAUACAUUUUUUUUAUAAUAGAUAAGUAAGUUUUACACUAUAGGAACAAUUUUUGACAUGUUGACUAAAGAUCUUGUUCAAAUAGACUAGAAAUAAAAUUUUGAAUCCAA